AUGUCAAGCAAAACAAGUGUUAUAAUCACAGGAGCAGUUUAGCAUUAGAAAUAAACAGUAGAAAAAGUAAAGUUUCUCAAGAAGGUUAUUCCUGUCAUGAGCAAAACAAGUACAGUAGCAAAUAUGAGGAUAGCUAAUAUCACAGAUUCUUAUAAAAUCAUGUUGGACGACGAUAAAAUUCAGUUUGGCAAUGACAAAGGCUACUUGUCUCACAGUCUGAAGACUUUCAAACUAGGACUAAUUACCAGAGGGGAAUGGAUAGGAGAAGAAGUAGUCAACAAUAAAGAGAACACACAUCCCUUUACAGUUAUUGCUCAGAGUUAGGUGACUCUAUUAGAAAUAUCGAAGGAGGACUUCUUUAAUAGGAUGCCCAAGGAAUACAUUUAAUAACUGAAAGACAUAUUCCUUGAGAAAAAGUUGUUUUUAGCUCAAAGAAUGCAUGAAAUAACUGAGAUUUCUCAUUAAGUUCAAGGCCUUGAUGAGGACUCUGGGAAGUACGAAGAUACUUAGUGGAGUAUUUUGAAGCAGGUGCCUAAGGCCUCCAAAAAAAUAGUGAACUACAUUGGCAACAGGUAGCUCUUGCUUGGUAAAAAGGUUGAAGACUUAGAGAGCAGAUUAAAAUAGUCAAUCUCAAGUUUCUUCAGAUAAAGAAAGUAAUCUCAAUAGUUAGACCCUGAAAACUAGUCAUUCCUUGAUUCCAGCAAUUAAAUCUCCUCAAGUCUCAUGAAAAUUAACGUCUCAGCCUCUUAAAACACUUCUCCUAAGAAUGAUUAGAGAAUUUUAAAGCAAGCAGAUGCUUUAGGCUCGACGAUGAAGUCAAAACGUGUGGGACAAUUUUCAUUUCUAAAUCCUAAUGACUACCAACAUUUAGCACCAUUAGGCAGUAAAACUGAGGUAAGAGAGAAUUCGAGAAGUUUGACAGCUUAGACUCCUAAUCCAAAACGAAUAAAUUCAAAUUUACCUUUGCAAUUCAAUAUUGAGUCUACUGAAGUCAAGCUUAAGUUAGAAACUGGGAGAGGUACGUUUUCUCAUUUUAAUCAAAGAGGACUUUCAACUGACUAAGCUCAUCAUCUCAAGAUGGUGAUGAAAGAGAAUAAUAUCAAGGAACUGUCUUUAGGUGGACAAGAUACGUAUCACACCAGCUAGCAUAAUAAAAGCCAAAGCAUAAAUGAAAGUAGGAUGACAUUUAUGCCUUUCAUUAAGAAAGCUGAAAGAUAAAUGUCCCAACGAAAAGCAGAAGAUGAAGCUGUUGAUAGAGACUAUGACGUGCUAGAAAAUAUAAAUAAAAAUAGAAAGGAAACGCCUAAUAUCAAUAGUCUACUUUUUUCAUGCAGAAGAGGGAAUUAGUCCUCUUAUGUAGAUAGAAGGAAAACUCAGCUUACUGGAUAAAAAUUGCUGAAAAAUAUAGAGAGAGAAGUUUUCAACAACAAUCGAUCAGUGCUUAUUGGAAAUGAAAGACUAGUUAGACUUUUAGGAGAUUAUCAAGAUGACAAGACUGUCACAUCUAUGGGUUCAUACAUUCGCAAAUUUGAUUAAAGUCGUUUUAUUUGA